AGAUUUUAGAAUUUAACAAUUAUUUGAUAUUUAUGUUUUAAAACAAAAUACAUAAGCGUUUAGUAAUUUUUACAAUUAUAGUGCAUUUAAAUAAUUAACACUUUAAUCAAAAUGGCACAAGCGGAAGAUACUGAACUUCGUGAUCUUGUUAUUGAGGCUUUGGAAAAAAACGGAUCUCUUGCAAAAAUAAGGGCUCUGUUGAGGGCUAACAUCUUCCUGGCUUUCGAAGACGACUGUGAAAAUAUUAAACAAAAUGAAUCCCUUGACAAUAUUCUAAAGCUUCCGGAAGGAAUAUUAUCUUUAUCGAUCAUACACGAGUUUUUGGAGUUCUGCAAUUUAAAAAAUACGUUGUUUGUUUACAUGUCAGAAUCACGACAAGGAAAUGAGUAUAAGGUUAAAACACCGCGGUCACUCAUUGAUACGUUACGACUGAAUAAAGCGAGUAAAGAAAAAGAACCUAUACUUAUUACUCUGUUAAAACACUUCACAAAAUCACAAAAACAUGAAAGUUCGCAUGAAAGCUAUGAGCAUGAGCAUGGUGAUCAUUCUACAUAUACAGUAGAACAUGAUACUAGUUCCUCUACAAGUCAAUCCCAAUCUGAUAAUUCAUCAGAUGAAAAAAAUAAAAUAGAUUUAAGAUUGUCUUUAGAUAAUUCAGAUACUGAUAGCUCUAGUGAUUCAAGAAACAAAAAAAGCUCAGAAUAUGUUCCUAAUCCAGAUAUAACUGUAAGUGACUUAGAUUUAGAUGUGCCUGAAGAUGUCAAAAGUUGUCCAGAAAGUUUUCCUUCUGUAGAAAAAAAUAAAUUAAGUAACAAAGAUAGUUUUAUUAGGAGCAGUGAACCAAAAUCCUUUGAAUUGAAACCUUUUAACUUAACAGAUGAAAAACUUUUAAAUACCACAGGAAUACCUAAUAGUGAUGAUAAUAUAAAAGAAAAUAAAAUAAUGGCGAAUGAAUUUCACACAUUAAGUAGUCCUUCAUCAGAAUCAUUUAAAAAAGAAAAUACAAACUUAAUUUCUACAAACACUACAAAUUUAAUUUCUAAAUUGACACCAGAUCAAUCAUACAAAAAUGAUCAUACACCAGAUUAUAGUUAUGAUUUUUCAUCUAUGCCAGGUUCCGAAAAAUCUCUUUCAAAUAUUCUAACAAAAAAACCAACAUCAAACCACAAUAGUUCAAGUUCAUAUAGUGAUAAACAAAACUCCCCAAGGUCCCUAAGUUCUAUUUCUAUAUCAGAUGUAGCUGAUCUUAUAAGUGAAAGAAGCUAUGUAAGCAGAAAAAGUAAAAACUCAAUUUCCCAAGGAAAAUUACAAAAUGAGAAAAGCCCAGAUAAUAUUAGCUUGAAGUCUAGCAAUAAUUCCAGUGAUUUCUCACAUUCUCCGAUUCCAUCUUUAUCAAAUCUCAGUUUAGACUAUCAUAGUGAUUAGGGGUGUUGUUUAUAUUAACUUCUUCAAACAAAAAUAAUGUGCAUUUUAUAUAAUAAUUGUGCAAUUAUUUCAAUUAAGUAUUUUAAUAUUGCUAUAUGUAGUAUUGUAUAUCUAAGGAACUUUGUUAAAAACUUGAAAUAAAUUGUCAAUGUUUAAUAAAUACUUCAGUGAGUACUAUGAGCACAGUAAUGGUACACAUGUUGCUGUACACAGGUCUAAUGAUUUGUAGUCAGUAAAAUUUAGCGCUAGUGAUCUUGUGAUAAUAAGCAUUAUUCCUAAUGAAAUGUUAUUAUUGGUGUAUUUUUCAUAAUAUAUAAAUAGUGGUGUAAAGUUAACAUAUAUACCUAGUUACUUCUGAUGUUAUACAAAAAAAACCUAAAUUUUAACUGGAGAGUGUAAAUUUUUGAUCCUGCAUAUUUCUAUACUUAUUUUUAUUUUAGCUAAAUUUAUCUAGCUAGUGGGAAAUCUGGUUUCUGCAAGUCUCGUUUUAAUAUGUUUUAGUCUUUAUCCAGAUGAUAAUUGAUUCCGAGUCAGAGAUCAGUUCAUUUAAAUCCUGCAUUUGUUAUUGUAAAACAAUGAAUAUUAUUAAGUGUUUUAUAAUAUGGUGUAGAUUAGCAUUUUAAUAUAUUAACAUGUACUUACUAAUUAGGAUGUAUUUAAAGUAAAUUAUAAUUACUCAUUUUAGUGCAUCACACAUUAUUUUGUGCCUAUUGUAUUGUAAUAAAUAGUAUGUUUAAUUUUGCAGAAGGUUGUGCCUUAUUUAAGAUAACAAAUUUAAACAGAGGUUCCUUAAAUUUCAAGUUGAUAGUCUAGUCCUAGAAGCAUAAACAGGUGCCGUCCAAAUUGCUCCACUAUCUCAUUUGUUUCUGAUGAAUAACAAUAACAUGGUGUUUUAAAAUAAUGUUUCUAGUGCAUAAGUUCCUUUUGAAUAAAGUUAUUGCUUUAUGUA